GCAGAUGGUUUCAAUACAUUGUGCCCAUGCCACAUAGCUGCCUUUUCCAUUUCUAUCGAGCAGUCCGCAACCACAUGAAAGACUAGACCAGGCGCGGUAUUGGGUCAGGCUUUAAUGUUUUGGUGCAGGCAUUCUCCAAAGACAGCAUUUUUAGCGUAAUUAUAUUUUUGUGUAACAGAACGUUUGUCUGAUAGCCUGCACUUCGUCGUAGCGACAAUGUCUGGCGAGGAACCCAACGUAAAGAAAGUCAGAGUGACAGGUAAAGCUCUGAGUGAAAACACUCUGUUCGGGAUGGGCAACCCACUGCUUGACAUCUCGGCUGUGGUGGACAAGGACUUCCUCGACAAGUACGGACUGAAGCCCAACGACCAGAUCCUAGCUGAAGACCAACACAAAGCCUUGUUUGAAGAAAUAGUCAAGAAGAGCAAAGUUGAAUACCAUGCCGGUGGCUCCACCCAGAAUUCAGUGAAAAUUGCCCAGGUUAGUCUCCCUCCAACCAUCCCUGUGUUGCUGGAGUGUUUCCACCAUACUGGAGUGUUUCCACCAUACUGGAGUGUUUCCACCAUACUGGAGUGUUUCCACCAUACUGGAGUGUUUCCACCAUACUGGAGUGUGCCUGUAGCCGUAGGUUUGUCACCCAGUCCUGAGAAUACAGAACAUAGAUUCAUAGCUACUUUGAACAUUUUAGGCCGCGCGGAUUCAUCCAACCUGUCAUGGAAAUGAAAUUAGGAGGGGGGGGGAUUCAUAAUAUUUGCAAUGUUAUCUAGUUGGCCUAAUUUCCAGAGACAUAUCAAACAUCAAUUAGGAAGAAUUACAAGUAGACGCAAUUAACAUGUCACAACAAAUUACAUUGAACAAAGCUGAUAUGCUGCCUGGAUGUUCCACCGACUGAAGCUUCAAAAACAAAGUGGGGAUUGGCCCAAAAUCUAAAAUAGCUGUCUAAACUCACAGUAAUUACUCAGUCUUAUUUUUCCAUUCUGUUUGCAAUCAGUAAAUAAAAUAAACAAAUAAAUAAAGUAC